UUUUCUCUAAUGGAAGUCGAUGAUAUUAUUGAUGUCGUUAACAUUGAAAGUGCAGAGCAGGAAAAGGAUAAAACUGGGUCAUUAAGUGGAACCGAAGAAAAUCAAAAUUUAACUGAUGGACAGCCGUUUAUUGACCGUCUAGGAAAUAAAUGGAAUUAUUUGGGAACUGGAGCUUUUGUUGAACGCCAUUAUCCUCUAUUGGGGCUCAAAAUGUGUACAGAGACAAAGCGAUGGGCUGUUUUAUUUUGUUCUCAGCGUUUUGACAUGAAAUGUCCUUAUCAAAUGCUGCUUGUUAAAAAUAAAGGGCUGAUUUACCAAAGAUUCGAACAUUCUCAUCAAGUCACCAAAACUCCUGAACAAUUACUUAAAGGAAAGACGCCAAGUCCUAAAAAAGAUGGAGAAGAUGGACGUUUGUCACAUGAAAUGGAACUUUCUGGAUGGAAAUUAGUGGCUGAGGGUGUUUAUGACGAAGAAAAAUUGCAAGAAAAUUUGACACAACAUUUUGCUGUAAAAUACCGACCUCAUGACGAGUUGAUUUGGUACUUUAAAUGCAGAUAUACUCGUUGUAGUUAUAAAAUUCGUUGGUUUAAAAGACUUGGAGAAAUUUGGAGUUUGGGAUUACACAGCAAGCUGCAUGGAAGUGGAAGUUGUAAAAGGAAGAGACGACGAUUGAGGUUAUAAAUUUUUGAUAAAAGUUUCUGAUUUUUUUCGUUUCCACAUUUUCUGGUUUUAUUCCGAUUAUGUUAAGAGAUCUGACGCUCUUGCAAGAAAAUGUUGGUAUUUUUUCCAGGGAAUUUUUGUGUAUUAAAUAUAAUUGGCUUUUUUGGGGUGCUCAGUUCCUUCUCUUCUCAUUAACCACAAUUUGGUUCCUUUUCAUCAUUACUUGAAUUUAUUAAAUAGUGUAAGUUUUUAGAAAAGAGUUAUGUUCCCAAAGAAGCCAAAAAAAACUUGGCUUGUCUCAUAUAU